AUGGGCUCCGUUUUGAGCAGCGAAGGCCGGGAGGUGGCGAGCAGUCCAGAUGCCCGCGGCCAUCGGGAAGGGAUCCAGUGCCCUCAACCUUUGGGGACGACUGUGGAGGAGGAGGCGCCGCAGCAGAGCCCUUCGUUUGACUGCUCCAUUUGUUUGGAAGUGCUCCACCAGCCCAUGAGGACACGAUGUGGCCACGUAUUUUGUCACUCAUGUAUUGCAACAAGUUUAAGGAAUAAUACAUGGACUUGUCCUUAUUGUCGGGCUUAUCUUCAUUCUGAAGGAAUUCCAGCCACUGAUAUUACUAAGAUGAUGAAAAAUAUAUACCAAAACUGUACAGAAUGUGAUACAGAGGUGUGUCUCAGUGAAAUGAGAGCCCACCUUAGGACCUGUGCCCAAUAUAUAGAGAAAUAUGGACCUUUACAAGAGGUUGAAUACCCAAUAACAAGAUAUCCUUGUCCUUUCUGCCAGUAUGAAUUGGAUGAAAAUGAUCUCCUGGACCAUUAUCUCACUUAUCACAGAUCUGAAAGGAGAGCAGUGUACUGUCCAAUUUGUCGUUUACUACCGGAUGGUGGUCCAAGUUAUUACAGCAGAAAUUUUAUAAGACACCUUCAGCUCAGACACACAUUCUAUUAUGAAGACUACAUUGAUAUAACUAUAGUAGAAGAAGCCCUCAUUGAAAGAGUUCUAGACCGAUCCUUUAUAGAGUAUGUUCAUGUGAAUAAUGCAAAUACUGCACAAUCCUAA